CAGGCAGGAGGGGCGGUGCAGAAAAUGAGGCCCCCCUGCUGGGUGGGGCUGGGAAGAGACAAACUGUGUCCAGAGUAGCAGCUGAAAGAGGGAGAGACCCAGAGCUCCUGAAAGAGGCCCCAUCAGCAACAGGAGGAGUCGGCUCCCUGCAGGCUGCUGGGCAGUGGCCUGAGGUGACCAUGUGGCAACAGCUGUUCCCCCUCGCCCUGUGUGUGGCCACAGCAGUCUGGGCCCAGAUCCAGCUGCCCAACAUUGAGCAUCAAGGCCUGCAGGUGGCCCUAGAGGAGUUCCACAAGCACCCGCCUGUGCAGUGGGCCUUCCAUGAGACGGGAGUGAUCAAUGCCAGCCACCUGACCUUCCCUAAUGGAACUUUCGUGAGGCUUGAAUUUAAGCUCCAGCAAACCAACUGCCGGAAGAAGGACUGGAAGUCAACAGAGUGCAAAGUCAAACCCAAUGGGAGGAAGCGAAUGUGCCUGGCCUGCAUCAAACUGGACUUCGAGGGGACAGUCAUGAGCCGGAUAGUACACUGCCCUAUGCAAACGCAAAUCAAGCAGGAGUACAAAGAGCACCUGAAAGCACAGUGCAAGAAGGUGGAGCGGUUCGGCGAGGACCCUCACAGCUUCAAUUUCCCUGGCUCCGUAGCCUUCUUUAAGGCCAGGCCACCCCAAUGA